AUAAAAAUACUACGCAAUCGAGAAUCGCAUCGAAAGUCAAAAAAGAAAAAAAUACCAAUCGUCGCAGUAGUUGCACUUCGACGGUGAGUAGAUACUUCGCUGGGAAGGAGCUGCGAAGACUUAAUUGGAGAAAUUGAGGUCAAUUCUUACCCUUCUCGAUCUGGUAUCGCCUCGAUAUUGAUUCCGAUUAUUUUUAUUGCUGUUGUUCGGUGUGUUAACUGAAUUUUUCUAGAGCCAUGUGGCGGUGCGUUUGUUGAUCAUCGUUGUUUCUGCCCUAUUUGUUUUUAUUCUCGAGUUAAAUUGGUACGCAGUUUGUACGGGUGUGAAUUUUCGUUCCAGGUAUUGAUCGGUGGGUUGUUGUUCUUCCAACAAUGAUGAAUCUGAGUUCCAUGGGUAGUGGAUUUGGGGGGAAUUCGUCUUCAUCGAGCUCGAAUCUGUCAGCUUUAGCCCCUCCGUUUACUGUUGAUAGAUUAAACCCCAAUUUCAAUUCGAGCCCUCUUUUGCAUUACUCGGACUCGCCUAGUAUGGUUGAACCAUUUAGCCAUGCCUGGGAAUAUGCGCGGCCGUCGGCCCCUGGACCUGAGCUUGUUAUUCGUUCCACGGGGGAAACUGGAGUGCAUUUAGCUGAUGGUUAUCGAUUUUCAACACCUGCACCUAUGAGCCUAUCCAGUGGGCAGUGGUCUGCCCCCAGUCCUGGAACCCAAGCAUCAGGCAGUGCUUUUGUUUAUGGUGGUGAAAUUAAACCUUAUUAUCCCACCUAUAAUUCGCCGAUGGUUGAGGAAGACACUCCUUUGGUCCCAAAUCAGGGGUCUCAAUACAAUUUUGGGCCUGCAGCUGGAACGAGUCAUACAUCUCAGCUUGAUUAUACUAGAAGCUCGUUUGAUUUGCCGUAUGGACCUCGGUGGGGCCAUAGUUCGGGUUUCGAUGAUGGGAAGAGGGCGAAAAGGGUAGAACCUGAUAGGAACUUCUUUUAUGACAAUGGUGGUUCUAAUAGUCACAGUCAACUUGACCGAGGAGGAUACAGCACUGGAACCUGGAGCAAGUUUAAAGAGGAAUUUGAUUUUUCAUAUACAAAAUUUAAUCAGGGUUCUGACUUAAAAUUCCAUUCUGGAGCCUUAAAUGUUGGAAACUUGGACGACAAGCAUAUUGGAAAGGAAUUUUGCUUAUUUUCUGAUGAUGCAAAGAAGGCAAAUAUCAUGAAAUCCGAUGCAAUGUACCAAGAACCUCAUCCUCCUCACCUACUUGGUGAAAUGGAUAGCAUCCCCAACUAUAAGAGUUCAUACACGCCAUUUCACAAAUGCAUUAGACCUGAUGACACAGCCUUUACUGGCCCUUCAGUACUGAGGUCUUCUCCUACAGUAGUCAUUAGACCGCCUCCUGCAACCAAUGUUGACGUCACCCAAGCUCCACUCUCUCAUAAAGCUCAUAAUAUAAACAAUGAAGGUGUUCAGAAUGUUGAUUGUGGUCGCUACAAUCCGUCCAAGAAGAAGGAUAUUGGUAUGGAAUCAAGCUUCAAGAUCAAUGACAAUGACCCUGAGAACCUUAUCAACUUCUCUAAGCAGGGGAGUGGUCUGUUUCCAUCGGGUUCAGUAAAAGAUAUGUCAAGUUUGUGUUCUACCGGAGUAUUUGAUCACAAGAUUAAUACAAGAUGUGUACCUCAGCUACAACCUCUGACUCUCUCUGGUGGUUCUGCUCUUGCUUGGGACAAUUCUCACGUAGAUGAUUCUGCUGAUGCUCCUUCAGAUUUUGCAGAUACUCAUAAUCUGGGAGUGGAUUCACCAUGUUGGAAAGGUGCACCAUCUUCUAAAAUUUCACAAUUUGAUGUCGAUUUUGGCACCCAAAAAAAUGUUGGGAAAUUUUUUGGUGAAUAUUGUGGAUUUGAUCAAGCAGAGGAUCAAAAUCUACAUUCAAUUGUGGUUUGUGAUGGUGUUUCUUCUGAGAAAUCUGGUCACGUCAACAAGAGCAGUCAAAGUGAAUCUUCUAGAAUGGAUGAUGCGUAUAAACUGGGGAGGGCCACUGGUGCUCUUUGUUCGAGUAGCGAACAGAUUUUAUUGGAUGAUGCAAGAUGUCAUGAGAUUUCAACCACAACCAACAAUGAAGGUGUGACAAUCAGUGCUGAUCUGAAUAUGAUGAGAAAUGAUUGUGCCCCUCCAAGAAACUUGACUGUUUUUAACACGAAAGAUUGCCACACCAAGCAUUUAGUUGAUGAAGAAGGUGCUGGGAUCAUGAACCUAACUUAUGCCUGUGAAGGUGGUGAUGUCGCAGUGCAUGCAGCAGAGAAGGUUCUAGAUUCACCUGCUUCUCAAGAUACUGCUGAUAAGCAUCCUAAGCUGCCCGAUCCUGAAUUGCAUGUGCCAACAAUCAUUAAGACAAUGCAUAACCUUUCAGAGUUGCUUCUGUUUCAUUUCUCAGAUCAUGUGAACUCUAUUGAUGAAGAAAGUACUGAAUCUCUCAAAUAUACCAUAAGCAACCUCGACUUGUGUUUGAGCAAAAAAAAUAUCCCAGCAACUGAUAAGCCAAAAUCAAACAAACCUGUCGGAGGCACUUCUGAAGAACUUGGGGAGUCUUGUGAUUUGGGAGCAGUUUCGGAAAAUAAUGCAACAAAUGAACCUUUGAGUUCUAACUUUAAGCUUGAGUCCAGGGUUAUGCGUGAAGACAUCGCAAGUAUCAAUUUUUCUGGUCAAUGUGGUAAGAAAGAUAAGAAACUUCUAAAACAUUCACCCUUCGUGGAUGACUUAGACAUGACAGGAGAUGAUGAUGUGGCCAAGGCUAUAAAAAGAAUACUGGAGGAGAAUUUCCAUCUUGACGAAGAAUUGCACCCACAAGCAUUUCUUUUCAAGAAUUUGUGGCUUGAGGCUGAAGCUAAACUUUGUUCCACCAGCUAUAAAUCUCGUUUUGACAGGAUGAAGAUUCUAUUGGAAGAAAGUAGACUUACGGCAUCACAAGCUCUAUCAACAGCCUCCCAGGUACCUCCCAAGACUUAUGAUGGAACAAAUCUCAAAUCCACUUUACAGGACUAUUCUACCUCUAGUGGCGAUGGUAAUGAGAUUGAGGCCUCUGUUAUGAAGAGAUUAAACAUCUUGAAAUCUCGAGAAGAAAAUCAAACAUCGUCUAAUGUGGAAGAAGAAUGGCAACCUGGGAUGGUUGAUGGUAUGCAUGCACCUUCUGAUGUGCACAGAAUCAAUGCCCUGAAAUCCUUUGAGAGCAAUAAAAAAUCAGUAGAUGUGGAAGAGAAGGCGGAACACAUAACUGAUUUGGUUGAUGGUGAGCAUGCGAAUUCUGUUAUGACCAGAUUCAAUAUCCUUAAAUCACGGGAAGGAAACCCAAAUUUGAUUACUAUGGAAGAGGAGCGUAAACCUGAAAAGAUUGAUGGGGUACAUCCACCUUCUAUCAUGAAGCGCUUAAAUAUCCUCAUGUCAUGUCAUGACAACUCAAAAACAGUUGGCGCGGGAGAAGAACAAUCCAAGGCAGUCCAUGGUAACCUGAAUGCGGCUCAGUUGCCUGAUCAAAUUGGCAGUCUUGGUCUUGUUGAAGGCAGAUUUGGCGUGUUCAUUGACGAAUUUCAUCUCUCUGCCGUGAAUGGCCCUAUAAUGCAUCCAUUCAACAGCAGCAACAUAACAAAUGGAGAUACCUUUGGGUCUCGCGGCAGUUCUUCAGACUGGGAACAUGUACUGAAAGACGAAGUUCCGUGGAAGAAAUGAAGGAGGUCCUAUCCCCACCUCUUUAGCUCUUUCUUUCUCUGCACUCCUUGUGAAAUAAGUUUGUGAAAAUUGUUUACACCUAAUCUGUGGGCCAUGAAUGUUCUGUGCAAAUGAUGGUGGCUUUGUCGAAUGGUGUUUAAAUAAUUCCGAAUGGUGUUUAAAUAAUUCCGUGCCCGA